UAAAAAAUUAAAAAACAUAUAAUUGAUAAUUAUUUUUUAGCGCAUCUAAUGCAAAACCAUUAAUUUAUUUUAUUCAUAUUUGGUGGAUCAAAUUUCCAUUUCUGAAAAAAAACACCAAAAAAAAAAAAAUCAGUGUCUUAAGGGUCAGUCUCUGCACUCUUGUUCUUCUCCUUCUUAGUCCAAUUUGUUUGAACGAGAUCCAACCCAGUUUCUAAUGAACUCAGAAUCUACUAAUUCAUUACCCCAGCCUUCUGCUGAAGCUUCUGAUGUUGAACAUUCUGUUCCAAUUGUCUCUGGACAAGAAACUAAUCCACCUGAAUUAGCUUCUGUUUCGUCUUCAACAUCAUCUUGGGCAUUGAAACUACAACAAUCAUUAGGGGCAGUGCAAGAGAGUCCAGGUGGAAUUCCUGGAAUGUCUGCAUUUGCCCGUUUAGCUAGAGGGUUCGGUUCACAGAUGCCUUUAUCAGUGGAUACUACAACUGAUCAUAAUAAUAAUGAUGUUAAAGCUAGCUCGGAGAGUGGUGUUUUUGAAUCACUCACAAAAGGGUUUGUGGAUUCAUCGCGGAGUGCUGUUAAGGCUGUGCAGGUUAAAGCACGCCAUAUAGUUUCUCAAAACAAACGAAGAUACCAGGAAGGUGGUUUUGAUUUGGAUAUGACAUAUAUAACCGAGAACAUAAUCGCCAUGGGUUUCCCAGCUGGUAGUUUAACCUCUGGUUUUUUCGGAUAUCUUGAGGGGUUUUAUCGAAAUCACAUGGAGGAAGUUAUCAAGUUUUUUGAAACUCACCACAAGGGAAAAUACAAAGUGUACAAUCUUUGUUCAGAGAGGUUGUAUGAUGCAUCACUAUUUGAAGGGAAGGUUGCAACGUUUCCAUUUGAUGACCAUAAUUGCCCCCCAAUUCAGCUCAUAACAUCAUUUUGUCAAAGUGCUUAUUCUUGGUUAAAGGAGGACAUUCAAAAUGUUGUGGUUGUUCAUUGUAAAGCUGGUAUGGCAAGGACUGGAUUAAUGAUAUGUAGCCUUCUCUUAUUCCUUAAGUUCUUCCCAACUGCUGAGGAGGCUAUGGAUUACUACAACCAGAAAAGAUGUGUAGAUGGGAAAGCUCUGACUCUCCCAAGUCAGAUUAGGUAUGUCAAAUAUUUCGAGCGUAUCUUAACAGAGUUCAAAGGAGAGAAUCAGCCCGGUCGUAGAUGCAUGCUUAGGGGUUUUCGGAUUCACAAAUGUCCUUACUGGAUUAGACCAUCUAUUACAAUCUCGAAUCAUAACGGUAUUUUGUUUUCUACAAAAAAGCAUCCAAAAACAAAAGAUCUAAUGCCAGAAGACUUCUGGAUGAAAGCAUCUAGAAAAGGAAUAGUUGUGUUUGCUCUACCGGGGGAACCUGGUUUAACAGAGUUGGUGGGAGACUUUAAAAUCCAUUUUCAUGAACGCCAAGGAGAUUUCUACUGUUGGUUAAAUACAACAAUGUCAGAAAACAGAAUGUUCUUAGGUGCAUCAGAGCUUGAUGGUUUUGACAAGAGGAAAUUGCCUUCUCCAGGAUUCCAGGUUGAAAUUGUGAUGAUAGACUAUGAUGGUACUUUACCACAAAAAUCUAACUCGAAAGCCAAUUCUACCAACCCGAAAUCUGAUACUAGUAGCUCUACCACUACUACUACUCAUGUUCCUAUCUCAAGUGAUGGAACUAAAUCUAAUUCAGACAAAAAACAAGUCCCUCAAAAUGAAGAUAAUGAUGAUGUUUUCUCAGACAGUGAUGGGGAUGAAAAAGGAGCUAAUAAGAGCCGAGCUACUGCGCCUCCUCCUACUUCUACCGCCACAUUAUCCUCCGAACAAGUAAGAAACUUAUCCAGCCAAACUGACAACCAGUUGUCUCUUGGGACCGAGGCUCGUGUCUUGCAAGAAGGAACUAAUGACACCCUUCUGAAGAUGGAUUCAACUCGGGGGAGUGAUGAUUUUAAGGCAAUGGCUGCUGAUGCUUCUGUUUUCUCUUUUGGGGAUGAUGAAGAUUUUGAAAGUGAUUAAACUAUCAUUGUUUGUUUUGAUGUUGUAUUUUGUAUAACAUUCUUCGUUUAACAAUUUUUUUACCUUAUUAUUCUUCAACUUCAUUUUUUUGGACGGUAUAUUUGCAUCAUAAAAAGCGUAAUGUUUGGUAUUUAA